ACUCGCUUGAUGCCGCUCCUGAAAGUCCAUCAAUCUUCCCGCCGCCAUGCCACCUGCACUCAGAUCGCGCCUGCCGACCAUGGCCAACUUGAUCAAGUGGAAGUGUACCAGCAUCAGCUCAGCUUGGUCUCCCCUGUGGAUACACUCCGCUAUAUUCUUCUAAACGACAUGCGUCCGUUACUCCACCAGAUGAAUAUGCGCGCUAUUGUAAAAGAAGCCGUUCCGCCACCCAAUCCUGCUGUUUCCUUUCCUAUCAAUGGUCAAAUGCUUGAUCCAAAUGAGUUUCGCCGACUCAUGGCUAUCAAGGGAUUUACAAAAUUUCACCGCAAACUCAUGAAGGAACAAAUGCUUAGAUGUCAGAAUCCUCAGGAUAUCAUGCGUGUCGUUGCUGUAGCUUUACAGCGCAAGGACACAAGUCUGGAACUCGCCGCCAUGGACCUUUGUCUAGUACGAGCCUUUUACCGAUCAAGAGAGACCACCACCGAUCAUAAGAUCUUCGGUGCCAUUAACACUGUCAUCUCACGUUUCAGACGCGAGGGCUUACCCAUCACGCGCUACUUCUUGGCCAUCGGUAUCAAGUUCGCUGCUCGAUCACGUAGCUUACCUGGUAUGAAGCGAUACCUGAAGCUAUAUCGAGAGUUGGGCUUCAUCAUGCCACGAAAUUUGUUCCGAGCCAUCAUCGCCAAGUUCAGUGUUGGGAACAAUGGAUAUGGCGAAAUUCGCAAUGGAAGAUGGUCACGCCGUGAUCUGCUUCAAGUUCUUCUUGGAUUUGACGACACUCCUCCAGGCGAAGAACACCAUCUAGGUUUGUUCCUCGACAGAAGUGAGUGGACUCAAUUGCAUGGAUGGAUGGUUGUUCUGUCCCGCUGCAAGGCAACAGAUGAACUGUGGAAGGAGUGGUUGCUGUGGCUAGCGAAUCCCAUCCGUUCGAAGUCGGGAAGACCAGAGUCUGCAAAUGCAGAAUCUAAGCUCAGGGGCGAUUAUCGGUAUAUCGAGGCGAUGGCCGAAGCAGGAGAUACCGCCCGAGCCUGGACGAUGCUUCGCGAUAGUGAAAUAUCAUUCAAGGCUUGUCGUACUAAUGUGAGGCGAUUGCUGCUUCGUGAUCUGGAGCAUGCAACUCUCUGGGAUGACCAGAUACCGCUUGAUCUGCUCGAACAGUACGACGCCGAACUGACAAAGAUAGAGAGAGCCUUGGGCGUAGAGUGGAUCAGCAUGAGUGAAGAUCAAGGCUACCAUAAGCCUACAGACUCCAUGCAACAAUCCCUUGAAGCUCUUUCGUCACCUUUCUUCAAACUCGAGCCCGACUAUGGGUUUCCCUACGAUGGCACUCCAGAGGAGAUCAAGGCACGCCAUGAGCAGAUGAUGUUACACGUUGAAGACAUGGCGAUGUACAUGCCGAAAACAAUGCGCAAAACCACCAUGAGUGAAUACGAUACAAUGUCCUAAUGAUACAACACGACAUACCACAUAGCAUAGCAUAGCGUAGCAUGAUACCCAAGC